AUGUCCACCAAAGAGCCGAAAUUAACUCUCUUUCGCGGCUGGGAUGACAAGGGGAUGUACACCUGGUCCCCAUUCGUGACCAAAGUCGAGCUUCGAUGUCGACAUGCUGGCUUACCUUAUAAGGUCGCGACGGGUGCGCCGACAUCUGCACCAAAGGGCAAAAUCCCUUACGUUGAUCUCAGUCCUCUUCAAGAAGAUGCAUCUCGGGGUCCAUCUUACCUGGGCGACUCAACCUUCAUCAUUCAGAGGUUAAUGAGCAUGGGCCACCUGCCAGAUUUGAACAGUGGUCUGUCUGAAGAACAGAAACUCGACGAUCUUGCUCUUCGAGCACUCUUGGAAGACAAGCUAUAUUUUUAUCAUAUGCGUGAGCGGUGGCUUGACAAUUUCUACGUCCAGCGCGACAAAGCUCUAUGGUCGGCACCGUACCCUGUUCGCGUCUUGAUAGGGUAUUUCAUCCACCGGAGUAUUACCCAUACCUUGCACGGCCAAGGUGUUGGCCGAUUAAGCCCGGAAGAAAUUCGAGCUUUGAAGACGGAGAUCUGGCAGAGAGUCGACAAUGUCUUGAAGCAGAGACUCCAUCGAGCCCCGACGGACGAACCGGCUUGGUAUCUCGGUGGAAAACAGCCUACCGAAGCUGACGCGACGUUACACGGAUUCAUUACUUCUGUUCUUGUCAGUGAGAGUGCGCCAGAGUCAAAGAAGCUUGUGAAGAGCUUCCCUAACGUCGUCGAAUAUGCGGAAAGAAUUCAUGACCGCUUCUUUCCCGACUACCAGAAAUGGAGCUGA